CAAACAGAAUAAAUAACUUGCUCACUCUAAAUCAUUAGAAAAGAUGUAGCAUUCCAUUGAAUGCUACAUUUCUCCAUCCAAUACUGGACCAACCUUUUUUGUUUUUCACAUUUAAAUUCCUUUUGCUUAUAACUCUAUAUAAUCAUUAUUUGUUUUGUUCUCAUCACAACAAAAAAUGGGUUCAGUUUUUUUGGUUUUCAUCUUGGGUUGCCUCUGUUUCCCAUUAACCAUUAUCAAUGCCCAAACACCAGCAGCAUCACCAGUGACUUUGCCUAUAACACCUCCACCUACAACUACCACGCCUCCACGUACAACCACACCCAUAGCACCCACACAACCACCAGUUAGUGCAGCAACACCUCCAGCUAUAACCACUCCCAUAUCACCACCAUCUCCUAAAGCAGGACCGGCUGUCAGCCCUGCUGUCCCACCUCCUCAAAUUCCACCACCACAACCAUCACUAACUCCUCCAACUGCAGCUCCAUCUCCACCACCCAUACUGCCACCACCACCUGCAUUACCACCUCCACAGGUGUCCCCUGCUCCAGCCCAAGCACCUCCUGCACCAGCACCUGCAAAGGAGACACCAGCACCAGCUCCAGCUGUGGAAACACCGGCACCUUCACCAGCAAAGGCAUCCCCAACACCAGCGCCAGCACUGGCUACUCCAUCACCAGCCCCAGUGCCAGCAACUCCACCACCAGCACCAACACCUGAAUUAGUGCCUUCACCUGCACCAGCUCCACCCAAGCACAAAAAGAGAAGAAGACACAGCCAUAAGCACAAGAAGCAUCAUCAUCCACCAGCCCCAGCACCAACUCCCCCUAGCCCUCCAGCCCCACCAACACCACCAGCAACAGAUUCUGAUGACACAGCUCCUGCACCAUCACCAAAUCUGAAUGGAGGAAAUGCACAUUAUCAACUAGGAGGAAGGUCUGGAAUGUGGGCAAGGACAUUAGCUGUUGCUUUUCUGCUGCUUAUUACAAGUUGCAGUUUUUAGAAAUAUCAUAUCAUGAAGGCAGAUAAUUUUAUAUGCACAAAUAAAGAUCAAUGGAAAUUCAUAUAAAAAGGAAUUAUCAUGUAAAAGAGACACCAAUGGAAAUUCAACAUUUUUGUAUUUUUUCAAUUCUUAUAAAGUUAGUAUAUAAUAAAGAAGAGGUUUGAAUUAUAA